CCUUGUCUAAAGCUUUGUUGAGCUUUUGACUGUGGUUGCGAUCGUUUUGACCUAUACUUACCUGCUCGAUCACCUCUCAGUUCAAGUCCGAUGGCUUCUUUCAUCACCACCGUCAACCAACGAACGAGAAACCAGUUUAGACCCCGCAAUGCAACCAAAGGCACCACGAGUUACCAGUUGAGACAGUAUGCGGAGGCUACACUUGGAGGAGGCAGUCUGCGGAAGAUUGUGAAGCUUCCAGAGGGUGAAGAUGAGAAUGAAUGGUUGGCUGUCAACAUGGUCGACUUUUACAAUCACAUUAACCUUCUAUACGGUUCGAUUACCGAAUUCUGCUCCCCACAAUCAUGUCCCGAAAUGAAGGCAACAGAUGAAUUUGAGUAUCUCUGGCAGGAUUCCGAAACCUAUAAGCGGCCCACCAAGAUGCCAGCUCCAACUUAUAUCGAACAUUUGAUGGGAUGGGUCCAGAGUAACAUUGACAACGAAGCAGUUUUCCCAAGCAGAAUCGGUGUUCCAUUUCCAAAGUCCUUUCCCAGCAUGAUUCGUCAAGUCUUCAAGAGAAUGUAUCGUGUCUACGCCCACAUCUAUUGUCACCAUUACCCAGUCAUCCGGGAACUUGGUCUUGAAGCCCAUCUUAACACCAGCUUCAAGCAUUAUGUUCUGUUCAUUGAUGAACACGCUUUGGCUAGUGGGAAGGAUUUCUGGGGACCACUGGGAGAUUUAGUUGAGAGCAUGCUUCGAAGUGACUAGGCGGGAGAGGAGACUAUAAAUUGGCGAUAGCCGACGCAUAGCAUGUUCAAGGCGUUAACUGGGGUAUGGGAUGGAGUCUUUGGGCAGUCAUCGGACUUAGUUGGUUGUAUCUCGUUUUGGGCUGCGGAUCGUUAGCGUGGAGCAGACUGUAUUGUAGUCAAGGCACCUUACCUAUUGGUAGCAAUUACAAUUCCCCGUGUGACGCGAAAACGAACCUAUCAUUACCUUGCAGACGACGGAGACGUGUGGCUCGUUUAUGCCAUGAAGAAUAUUCACCUAGCAGGACAGCAGUGGUUGAGAUGAUUGAUGGCCGUAGAAACAUAUUUUUGAGAGCCGAAUCGCUGCCAGCAAGAAAUGUAAACGUAGCUAGACUACUUCAUGACUUAUAGCGUGUGGAUGGGGGCAAGGCUUACAGUUAUUCUUCAGUUUAGCGUGAUUCUUCGGUAAAUAACGCCGACUCACCGACUUUUACUGUAGAC